GUGCCGUGUUAGAGGGCGGUUCUUUGCCCUCCACAUGUGAAUAAGUAAUCUGGUUUUCCGUGGAUUUUUCUGCCUUAGGGUUUUGGGGGUUAUCUGAGGGAGGUGUUACCUGGAGGAGGAGAAAAAACGAGGACAGGUAAGGUUGAACUUUCUACGGAGCGGAAAGGGUUUGACUUUGAUAGAUCUGGAGACUCCCUCAGGCAAUAUUUAAGGGCGGCUACAUCUUUGCUUUCAAAACAAAAGAUUUGACAACAAUUGAAGCAUUGUUGGUUAGACAACCAAUCUCCUAAUGGAAUCAAUAGUCGUAGAGGAAAUUGAUGUAAGUGAGAGAGCAGCAGAGGUUGGUGAUGAUGGUGGAAGACGAUCGCUCCAGGGUAGUGCAAGGUAUGAAAUCAAUGAGAAUGCAAUUGAGAUGGGUUUAAAGGGUGUGGGAGUGAUGCCAAAUGAUGCUUUCAUUUGUUCUUACUCACAUGGAGAUCCUAAAUGGAUUGCAACUUCACUUGUGUCACCAUUACCUUCUGAUAUCAUUGCCCCACCUUUGUCAAACUACUCUUCAAUGCUUCUAAAAGAAGAAGAUAUGGAUAAAAGCCAACAACAUCAACACUCACAAAAACAGGUUAAUCGUACGAAAUGUUCACAUGCAAUGGAAUAUAUAUUGAUCCUUUCUUAUCUUGGAGUGUUUGGAAUUGUUGGAGUCUUUAUAAGAUAUGGAUUACAAAUAUUAUUUGGACCAAAUGUAGCCAAUGUGACAAAUGAAAAUAGUGCUCUUUAUAUCGAUCUUCCUUCAAAUAUGCUUGGAAGCUUUUUCAUGGGAUGGGUUGGAGUUGCAUUCAAAAGAAAUAUUUCUAUUUUCUCUGAAGCAUUGGCCAUUGGACUAUCAUCGGGAUUGAUGGGAAGCAUUACUACUUUUACAUCUUGGAUGCAAGCAAUGGUAAACCUAGCAACUAAAGGACAUUGGAUAAUUGGAAUUAUUGGUCUUCUUUUAGGUAUGGAGUUGGCCCAAAUGUCACUUGAACUAGGGAUUGACUCUACAAAGCUAAUUACAUAUGCUCAUAUUCAAAUAAAGAAGAAACAAUUGGUCUUGACAUGGAUGCCAUCUAGUGAACACUAUCAAUGUGGUUUAUGUGGUUUUAUCUUGGUUAUGUUCAUCUUUGCAAUAUUAUGGGGAGGAAGCUUGGUUUUAUUAGUGUUUAAUUUUACAUCCCAACAUAAGACAAAAUUGUGGAUGGCUUGUAUGGUUGGACCAUUUGGAGUAUGGGCAAGAUGGUAUAUGGCACGCCUCAAUGGACAAGGAAUUGGAGCAAAAAAACACUUAAAAUGGCUGCCAAUAGGAACAUUGCUUACGAAUCUCAUGACAAGCAUCAUUAUGGCUGCAUUAUCAACAAUUCACCAAGUGGUUAAGGAUCGUACAGGAAAAAUCAUGAUAGAAUCCCUUCAACUUGGUUUUCUAGGGUGCAUGAGUACCGUCUCUGCAUUUGUAGUAGAAGUUCGUGCUAUGCAUCAAAGCAAUCACUCUUGGAGGGCUUACGUAUAUAUAUUAUUAUCUUUAUUUCCAGCAUUUAUUUUUGGAAUUUUGAUAUGCUCAAUACCAACAUGGUCUAGAGGAUACUCUUAAACGCAAAAUAUGUAAUCUUUUUAGUAAACUUAAAUUCCACACAAUUUUUUAAUUGUA